AUGCCUGUCGCUGGUCUCCUCCUCUGGGCUUCGCUGCUCACUGGGGCCUGGCCAGCCGCCCCCAGCCAGGACUACCUCCCAGCCACGCCCCGGGUCCGGCUCUCAUAUAAAGAGCUUAAGGCCACAGGCACGGCCCACUUCUUCAACUUCCUUCUCAACACGACCGACUACCGGAUCCUGUUCAAGGACGAGGACCACGACCGCAUGUAUGUGGGCAGCAAGGACUACGUGCUGUCCCUGGACCUGCAUGACAUCAACCGUGAGCCCCUCAUUAUCCACUGGGCAGCCUCCCCACAGCGCAUUGAAGAGUGCGUGCUCUCGGGCAAGGAUGGCAAUGGUGAGUGCGGGAACUUCGUCAGGCUCAUCCAGCCCUGGAACCGAACACACCUGUACGUGUGUGGCACCGGCGCCUACAACCCCAUGUGCACCUACGUAAACCGUGGCCGCCGUGCCCAGGAUUACAUCUUCUACUUGGAGCCUGAGAAGCUCGAGUCAGGGAAGGGCAAGUGUCCCUACGACCCCAAGCUGGACACAGCCUCAGCCCUCAUCAACGAGGAGCUCUAUGCAGGCGUGUACAUCGACUUCAUGGGCACCGACGCAGCCAUCUUCCGCACCCUUGGCAAGCAGACGGCCAUGCGCACGGAUCAGUACAACUCUCGGUGGCUCAAUGACCCUUCAUUCAUCCACGCCGAGCUCAUCCCCGACAGCGCCGAGCGCAACGACGACAAGCUCUACUUCUUCUUCCGCGAGCGGUCCACAGAGGCGCCGCAGAGCCCUGCCGUGUACGCCCGCAUCGGGCGGAUCUGCCUGAAUGAUGACGGCGGCCACUGCUGCCUGGUGAACAAGUGGAGCACGUUCCUGAAGGCAAGGCUGGUCUGCUCCGUGCCGGGCGAGGAUGGCAUCGAGACCCACUUCGACGAGCUCCAGGAUGUGUUUGUCCAGCAGACCCAGGAUGUGAGGAACCCAGUCAUCUAUGCUGUCUUCACCUCCUCGGGCUCUGUAUUCCGAGGCUCUGCCGUGUGUGUCUACUCCAUGGCUGACAUCCGCAUGGUCUUCAACGGGCCCUUCGCCCACAAGGAGGGCCCCAACUACCAGUGGAUGCCUUUCUCAGGGAAGAUGCCCUACCCACGGCCCGGCACGUGCCCUGGCGGAACCUUCACACCGUCCAUGAAGUCCACCAAGGACUACCCUGAUGAAGUCAUCAACUUCAUGCGCAGCCACCCACUCAUGUACCAGGCCGUCUACCCGCUGCAGCGGCGGCCCCUGGUGGUCCGCACGGGCGCCCCCUACCGUCUCACCACUGUGGCCGUGGACCAGGUGGAUGCAGCCGACGGGCGUUAUGAGGUGCUUUUCCUGGGCACAGACCGCGGGACAGUGCAGAAAGUCAUCGUGCUGCCUAAGGACGACCAGGAGAUGGAGGAGCUCAUGCUGGAGGAGGUGGAGGUCUUCAAGGACCCAGCACCUGUUAAGACCAUGACCAUCUCUUCCAAGAGGCAACAACUGUACGUGGCCUCAGCUGUGGGCGUCACACACCUGAGCCUGCACCGCUGCCAGGCAUAUGGGGCCGCCUGUGCUGACUGCUGCCUCGCCCGGGACCCCUACUGUGCCUGGGAUGGCCAAGCCUGUUCCCGCUACACAGCGUCUUCUAAGAGGCGGAGCCGCCGGCAGGACGUCCGGCAUGGGAACCCCAUCAGGCAGUGCCGUGGGUUCAAUUCCAACGCCAAUAAGAACGCCGUGGAGUCCGUGCAGUACGGCGUGGCAGGGAGCGCAGCCUUCCUUGAGUGCCAGCCCCGCUCGCCCCAGGCUACCGUGAAGUGGCUGUUCCAGCGAGAUCCCAGUGACCGGCGCCGCGAGAUCCGCGCAGACGACCGCUUCCUCCGCACCGAACAGGGCUUACUGCUCCGCGCCCUGCAGCCUGGCGAUCGCGGCCUCUACUCCUGUACAGCCACCGAGAACAACUUCAAGCACGUCAUCACACGGGUGCAGCUGCACGUCCUGGGCCGGGACGCCGUCCAUGCGGCCCUCUUCCCACCGCCAGCUGCGAGCAUUCCACCGCCCCCGGGCGCCGGCCCCCCCACGCCCCCUUACCAAGAGCUGGCCCAGCUGCUGGCCCAGCCAGAAGUGGGCCUCAUCCACCAGUACUGCCAGGGAUACUGGCGCCACGUGCCCCCGAGUCCCAGGGAGGCCCCUGGGGCACCCAGGCCUCCUAAACCCCAGGACCAGAAAAAACCCCGGAACCGCCGCCACCACCCGCCGGACACAUGA